AUGGAGCAGCUGCACAAGCCGCACCGCAAAUCCAAGGAAAAGAAGCAAAAGAGCUCCGGAGAGCGCAAUCCCAAGGCUUUUGCCUUUGCGCGACCCGGAAAGCUUCAGCGGACAGCUGCUCGCUCCUCGGAUAUCAAAGAGAGGCGUUUCCACGUUCCUCUAGUCGACAGACUUCCAGAUGAGGCGCCUCCUCGACUUGUGGCCCUCGUCGGCCCUCCCGGCGUGGGAAAGACGACGUUGCUCAAGUCUCUAAUCCGCCGAUACGCCAAAGAGACCAUCACCGAUCCCCAGGGCCCGAUUACUGUCAUUACGUCCAAAAAGCAACGCCUUACCUUUGUCGAGUGCCCCAAUGAGCUCGAGGCAAUGGUCGAUAUUGCCAAGGUGGCAGACAUUGUUCUGCUACUGAUCGACGGCAACUACGGCUUCGAAAUGGAAACGAUGGAAUUCCUCAAUAUUCUCGCCGCCACCGGUAUGCCUGGCAACGUCUUCGGUGUCCUGACACAUUUGGAUCUUUUUCGAAAGCCACAGGCGCUUAAAGAGGCCAAGAAGCGACUCAAAAAAAGACUUUGGACAGAACUCUACCAAGGCGCCCACCUCUUCUACUUAUCCGGUGUUAUGAACGGUCGCUAUCCUGACCGUGAAAUUCACAACCUUUCUCGCUUCCUGUCCGUAAUGAAGAAUCCGCGUCCACUAAUUUGGCGCAACGCACACCCAUAUACAAUAAUCGACAGCUUCCGCGACAUCACCCACCCGACCAAGAUUGAAGCCGAUCCGAAAUGCGACCGAUCGAUCGUGCUAUCGGGCUAUCUCCGAGGCACCAAUUUUGCGGCCCAAGAUCAGCGAGUGCAUAUCCCAGGGCUUGGCGACUUCACUGUCGCUAAUAUGGAAGUUCAGCCAGAUCCCUGCCCUACACCAGCUAUGGAGCAGGCUCUGGCUAAAAUUACAGGCAAAACAGGCCGGAGACGACUAGAUGAAAAGGAAAAAAGACUUCAUGCGCCCAUGUCUGACCGCAGUGGCUUAAAAAUUGACGGUGACGCUAUUUGGAUCACGAAAGAAAACGGCUUCAACUUUGAUAAAGAUGCUGAGGACGACGGCGAGCGUGGUGAAGGUGAAGAAAUGAUCAUUGGCCUCCAAGGCGAGCGCAGACUGCUCGGUCAAACAGACGAGGGUCUGCAGUUGUUCCAGGGUGGAGAGGCCAUUAAGGAUGUGCCUCAAGAGGCAGAAGACACUGGCCGCAAAACUCAGCGUAAGGCGAGACUGGCAGAGCGUGAGGGCGAUGACGACGAAGACAUGGGCAACGAUGGUAUUGAUAGUGGCAGCGAUGAAGGUUCCGAAACCGAGUUUGACGAAGGCAAGCUGGGAAGCAUGUUCUGCAAAGAGGAGGACAAGGAAAAUGCCGAGGAUGAUAUCGCAUUCGCCGACAGCGACUCUGAUUUAGGCUCCCUAUCAGGGCUUGACGACGACGAGGAAGAUUACGACUCGGAUGAAGAGGCCGCUGCCUUACGGUGGAAAGAGGAUCUCACCGGCAAGGCCCUCAAAAUGCAUGGCCGCAAGCGCUCCUAUCACACUGGCGACCUAGCACGAUUCAUGUAUGAUAUAUCUAUGACACCCGAGGAAGCCUUAAAAAGAUGGAGGGGCGACGAGGAAGAGGAAAAGGAAGAGAAUAUCGAGGAUGAGGACGACGACGACUUCUUCAAGAAGACAUCCCAAGAAGCGGAAGAUCUCAUGGAAGAUCGUUGUAUCCCAGAUUAUGACUAUCAGGACUUGGCGACCAAGUGGGCGGAAGAAGAACAGAUGGAGGCUCUGCGUCGCAGAUUCACUGCCGCAGAUAUGAGCCGGGGUGGCGGCGACGAUGAUGGCGAAAGCUGGAACGGCGCAUCGGACGCCGAGGACAGUGAGGGAGACGGCGAGUUUGAAGAUCUCGAGGCCGAGGAUGGUGAGGGCAAGAGCAAGGUGGUAGAGCAACCGACGGCCGAGGACAUCGAGGUGGAGCGCGAGAAGAACGCGCGCCGCAAGGAGGAGCUCCGACAACGGUUCGAGGAGGAGGACCGCGACGGCUUUCUCAACGACAAGGCCAACGCGCGACGCGAGGGCGGCGACGUGCAAGAAUUCGGCGAGGACGACUGGUACGACGCGCAGAAGGCCAUGAUCCAGACACAGCUGGACAUCAACAAGGAGGCGUACGCGGAGCUCGACGAGCGGCAGCGAUCCGCGGUGGAGGGCUUCCGCGCGGGCCGGUACGCCAAGCUGGUGCUCGAGGGGGUGCCGGCCGAGUUCGUGACGCGGUUCGACGCGCGGAUGCCCAUCAUCGUCGGCGGGCUCACGCCGACCGAGGACCGCUGGGGCUUCGUGCAGGUGCGCAUCAAGCGGCACCGGUGGCACCGCAAGAUCCUCAAGACCAACGACCCGCUCAUCUUCUCCCUCGGCUGGCGCCGCUUCCAGUCGCUGCCCGUCUACUCCAUCUCGGACUCGCGCACGCGCAACCGCAUGCUCAAGUACACGCCCGAGCACAUGCACUGCUUCGGCACCAUCUACGCGCCCCUGAUCGCACCCAACAGCGGCUUCGUCUGCUUCAACUCCAUGGCCGCCGGCACACCCGGCUUCCGCAUCGCCGCCACGGGCACCGUGCUCUCCGUCGACGAGUCCACCGAGAUCGUCAAGAAGCUCAAGCUCACCGGCGUGCCGUACAAGAUCUUCAAGAACACCGCCUUCAUCAAGGACAUGUUCACCUCGUCGCUCGAGAUCGCCAAGUUCGAGGGCGCCGCCAUCAAGACCGUCUCCGGCGUCCGCGGCCAGAUCAAGCGCGCCCUCUCCAAGCCCGACGGCCACUUCCGCGCCACCUUUGAGGACAAGAUCCUCCUCAGCGACAUCGUCUUCCUGCGCGCCUGGUACCCCGUCAAGCCCCGACGCUUCUGCAACCCCGUCACCAACCUCGUCGGCUGGCAGCCCAUGCGCCUCACCGGCGAGGUCCGCCGCGACCAGGGCCUGUCCGCGCCGCAGCUCAAGAACAGCAAGUACCGCGCCGUCGAGCGCGAGGACCGCCACUUCAACACGCUCAAGGUGCCCCGCGCCCUCGCCGCCGACCUCCCCUACAAGUCGCAGAUCGUGGAGACGAGACCUCAGAGGAGGCAGACGUACAUGCAGAAGCGCGCCGUGGUGGCGUCGGGCGCGGGCGCCAAGGAGGAGAAGAGGGCGCGCGCGCUCAUGUCGCAGCUGCUGACGGUGCGCCAGGACGCGGCGGCGAAGCGUCGCGCGAAGAAGGAGGAGACGCGAACGGCGUUCAAGAAGAAGAUGGCGGACAACGUGGCCAAGAAGGAGGCUAGGGAGAAGCGCGAGUCCAAGGAUUUCUGGCGCAAGAACGGCCGCAAGAGAGCCGCGGGCGACGAGGGGGGUGGCGCGGGCGGCAAGCGCAGCAGAAAGUAG